CACAGAUUUGGAGCUCUUGAGAGAAGCUCUGAAAGCUGCAGCAUGGAGGCUCUACAAUGUGCGCACUGUGGAACUAUUGAGGAUGUGGACUAUGUUUGCAGUCGAUGCAAUUCCUGUUUCUACUGCUCCGAAGAUUGCCAGCGUAAGGAUUGGAAGCUUCACAAAGACAUCUGCUUCACGAAGCCAGGCUUUGAUGCUUGCUCAGUGGAGAAGUCAGAUGAGGAGGGAUUUGUAGAGGAGAGCGAAUCCAACGACGGGAAUGAAGAACGCGAUGAAGAGAAUGAAGAUGACGGGAAAGCAGAGGCCUUUGAGGACCACUCAGAAGGAGCCGAACAAGAACCUGAAGUUGACCAGUCCAUGGAAGAAGGACAGAACAGCAGUGCAGAUCAAGAAGAGUCUGAGGAGGAAGAGGAAGAAGAAGAUAGUGAGGGUUCCGACGUUGAAGAGCUAGGAAGUGGAGAGGAUGCAGGAUCAGAAGCUUCACGAAAAUACCCGAACAGGUACAGCGAUUCGUGCGAAGACCAAAAAGGUAGCACAGAUUCUCACCAGAGAGACGGCGACACAACAAAGGAAGGGUCAAGUUCUAGCAGGCAAGAAGAACGGUGCGAGAAAGCCACACACAGUAUCAGUACGGCCUGCUUUGGGCCCUUGGCCGAGUUGCAGGCAGGCAUGAAGAUGGAAGCAUAUUUCCGCUUACCUGAUGGCAAGCAGAGCUUUAGCCCCUUUGAUGGUGAAUGCAAGGAGAGCUUCGCUUCCGGCAUUGACGUACUCUUCGAAUUUGGCAUCGUGCAGCACAUUCCAUGGACCUGGGUAACGACCGUGAAUGGCAAGCUGGUCUUGGACCAGGACAUGACCAAUUCCGUUCCUGCAACCCGCUCUGGACAAGAAGUUCCCACAACUACUGCUUCCAGUGGUUCCGAGGAGGCAAGUGAUGGUCAAGAAGUCAAGAAAGAAGAGGAGCUGCGCAUGCAAAAGGAAGAGCAGGAGAAGAGACAUAAGCUGCUCAGGUUGGGCAAGUUUUUGCAAAACAAGACGAUGCACGCCUUCCGGCGGGAUGCCCGUGCCAUUCGGCGCGAGCAUGCUGAGCGAGUGAAGCAACAAGAAGAGGAGCAGCAACGAAAAGAAGCAGAGCAAAGGAGGAAGGAGGAGGAGCAGCGGCGGCGUGAGCACCAAGAGCAGCAGAGGAAACUUAAGGAGGAGAAAGAAGCCAAGCGCCAGGCAGAGGAAGAGCGCCGCCUAAUCAUUGAAGAGAAGAGACGGGAGAAGUUGGAAGCGAAGGCUUUGCUCGCGCAGCAAGAAGCAGAAAAGCAGGCGGAAGAGCAAAGACGUAGACAAGAACAUGUGGAGGAGCUGCGACAAAAGCGUUUGGAGUCGGAAAGGCAAGAUGAGGCGGAGUGGCGGGCCAAAGAAGAGCAGCGCAAGAGUCAAGAGCUUCAACGGAAGGAACUAGCUCGAGCAAGGGGUGAGCAGAAGAGAGAAGAAGAGGUGCGACGUCGAGAGCGCUUGUUGGCUCGGAAGCAAGGCUAUUCCUGGCGUGCAGAGGUUGCUGAGGCGCAGAAACACAGGCAGGGCGAUCAGCCAGAACCAGCUCCACAGGCACAGGAAAAGGAGCAUCAGGAUGCUGCUGCCAAGCGGAGAGCUGAAAUCGAAAGGGAAAGGAAAGACAGAGAAGAGAAAAUGCGGCGGAAGGCUAACAAAGCAGAAGACGAAAGUGCUCCUGCCAAUGAGACCUACGAGGAGAAGAAGCAGCGUUUGUUGGCUUUGGCUCGAAGAAAAAGGGAAGAGGUGGCCGCCACCGCCAAGUCCAGGCUCGCCAAAGUGAAGUUUCAUGGUGAAAGCGACGAGGACUCCGACCAAAUGGAUGACUACAUGGUCUCUGCUAGAAAGCAGAAGGA